AAGAGCCUGCAGCAUUUAGUGGGAGGGGCUGUCUACACUGUUAGCAAGCAAUGAAAAUGGAGGUGUAUUUGACUCAGUGUACAAGCUGUCUAUUGCUCAUUCUGAUUCUCAGCCAUGUCAGCUUGGCUCAGACAGACGAAACCACCACCACUGCAGCUGCUGAAGAGUUCAACAACCUCCCCUGGUAUUAUUGGUUGGGCAUUGCUCUCGCCUUCAGUAUAACAGUCAUCCUCAUAGGAUCGUCUGCAAUAUGCAUAGUCUACAGCUGUUGCAGGUACUGCAAGCAGAGGCACAGAGAUGAAAGAGUUGCACUUCCCAUGCAAAGAUCUCCAGGCUAUCCUAAACAAGUGGUUCAAGACGAAGUGGAUGCUUUUCAAGGAAGUAUGAACAUGACUGAUGAUUGGGAGCUGGCUAGGAAGCAAAUCAAGCUUGUGAAGCAACUGGGGAUUGGUGAGUAUGGUCCUAUCUAUGAGGCUGAAGUCAAGUUGAAGACCAACGUCACCGUACGAUCUCUAGUAAAAGUAUUUCAACAAGGUACUUCUCAGGAUUUGGUCAGAUUCAGGGAAGACAUUGACGAAUUGAUGGCCUUUGACCACCAGAGCAUUGGCAAGCUGCUGGGCAUGGUGUCUCAGUGCCCUUACUACAUUGUGCUCGAGAUGACCGUUAAUGGUGACCUCAAGUCGUUUCUCCUCGCCACUUCAGCUGCAGGCUCGACUACGAAAGAGAACGGGAGAUUGCGAUUGGGUCAAGCAGAACUCACUACACCACAGCGAGUUGCUAUGGCGACAGAUGCCGCUUGUGGAUUGGCCUAUUUGGAGGGGUUGCAGUACGCACACAGAGAUGUGGCCGCCAGAAACUGUAUGGUGACUCAGCAUCUAGGGAUUAAAAUUGGUGACUACAGGGUGGGUCGCUACCUAUUCCGCAGUGAGUACGCAGUCCAAGUGGACGGCUCACUGAUGCCCCUCAGAUGGAUGGCCCCAGAGAGCAUGCUCAACAACAUCUUCACCGUGCAGUCAAGCGUAUGGUCUCUGGGGGUGCUACUGUGGGAGGUUAUGUCAGAGGGGAGUUUCCCUUACCCUGAGUUGAGUGACUCCAACGUCAUCACUGGAGUGUGCUAUGAGGGACGCAGACUGCCACGCCCACAAUACUGCCCCGAACAAAUAUAUUCAUUGAUGAAGCGUUGUUGGCAUGACAACCCGAAGCAGAGACCACGCCCCUCUGUGGUCUACAAGACACUAGAGACGAGCAUCCUCACCAACAGAUACCAACACUCUGAGAACACAGGCGAUGCACAACUAUUCUAUUGAUUGCUUUAGCGUGUGUCCAUGAGAUUGCAAAUGAUAAUUAUGACACUUG